AUGUUGGCUCUAAGCACCAUCUUUAGCCUGCUCUUUCUGUGCUACCUGGUGGUACAGUUUGUAAAGCUGCAGAGAGAGAAAAAACAACUUCCACCUGGACCAGCUCCUAUCCCAAUUCUUGGAUGUUUAUGGCAACUGAAAUUCUUUCGGUUAGAACGUGAUAUCCUGACAGAGGUAGCUAAGUCCCACGGGGACAUUUUCACUUUGUGGUUUGGUCCAUCCCCUGUGGUUAUAUUAAAUGGAUUCCAAGCAGUGAAGGAUGGCCUUACCACCCACCCCGAAGACGUUGCUGGCCGUCCAGUGACCCCUUUCUUCCGAGCUAUGGCCAAUAACAAGGGUAUUUUGUUGGCAACUGGCAGCACCUGGAGAAAUCAGAGACGCUUUUCCCUGAUGACCCUAAAAAGUCUGGGCUUGGGGAAGACGAGCCUGGAGUACCAGAUCCAAGAGGAAGCCCGCCACCUAGUGGAGAACUUUAGGAACACUAAAGGAAAGCCCAUGAAUCCGUCUUUCGCCCUCACGCUUGCCGUUUCAAACGUGAUCUGUGCUGUUGUUUUUGGGCAUCGCUUCUCCAAUGAUGACAAAACCUUCCAUCACCUGCUGGAGGCCAUGGAAUGUAUUUUCAAAUUUGGAGGAAGUCUCUAUCAUCAUCUAUAUGAUGUCUUUCCUUGGCUUAUGCGCCAUUUGCCAGGCCCUCACAAGAAGACGUUGUCUUGCUGCGAGUCGGUGUGCUCGUUCAUCAGGAAGGAGAUCAGCAGCCACCAGAGCAAAGGAGAUUCGGAUGAGCAGCAAGACUUCAUUAAUUAUUACCUGGCUCAAAUAGAGAAGAGCAAAGAUCAGCCGAAACCAGCCUACGACGAACACAACAUGAUCCAGAGCAUAUUCGACCUGUUCUUGGGUGGGACGGAGACGUCCAGCACCACGCUCUACUGGGCAUUGCUCUAUAUGGUGGCUUAUCCUGAUGUCCAAGAAAAAGUCCAGAAGGAGCUAGACGCCACCGUGGCUCCCUCCCAAACGAUCUGCUAUGAGGACCGCAAGAACCUGCCCUACACAAAUGCUGUGAUUCACGAGGUCCAGCGCUUCAGUAACAUUAUCGCCAUUGGGGUACCUCGGCUAUGUGCGAAAGACACGAUGAUCCGACAGUUUCCCAUUAAAAGGGGCACUAUCAUUUAUCCCAGCAUCGCUUCUGCCUUGAUGGAUCCUAAUGAAUGGGAGACACCCCGGCAGUUCAAUCCGAGCCACUUCCUUGACAAAGAUGGGAAUUUCACCUGCCAAGAAGCCUUCAUUCCAUUUUCUAUAGGGCAUAGGAUGUGUCUUGGCGACCAUUUGGCAAGGACAGAGCUCUUUAUUUUCUUCUCCAACCUUCUGAAGGCCUUCACCUUCCAUUUGCCAGAAGGAGUGAAUGAAAUAAACAUGGAGCCCAUUUUGGGGGGAACUUUGCAGCCGCACUAUUUUGAAAUCUGUGCUGAGCCUCGCUAAAUCUUGUGUAGACAAGUAUGCAUGCAACGGGGAAGCCACAGUACAGUGAAUUCAAGAAGCUCGAUUUCUGCUGGAAGUGUUUCUGGCUUCUUUGGAAUUGUGGGAAUCUCAGGUGUCAUUGCAAGGAAUUUUUAAGUUCCUUCAUGAUUGCCGAAGACAUGCCUUAAUUCUUUUUGACUAUUUAUUUUCCAGGUUUAUCAUAGAUUGCAAGUCUUAGAGGUAUGGGCCAUAUCAACCCAAGAUGGGAAAAAUACAAGAUGGCAACUAAACCCAAAGCUCAAUAUUGUGGCAAUUCUGCUGCCAUCUUAGAUAGUCAAAGACUUUGGCCAUUUCCACACGGCUUACCUUGUUCUGAAAAACAGUGAAAUCUCGUGUGUAAUUGUGCGAGAAGAUGUGAUAACAGUGUCUUUCGCUGUUUUCCGGAACAAGAUAAGCUGUGUGGAAAUGGCCUUUGUCUUGACCUGUAUGAGGUCAAAGGUCAUAACUUACAGAUUUAUGUUCCCGGCUGAUCAUAAGAUUCCCCGCAACCAAGGAUUGUUAAACAAGUGUAUUAUAUCCCACCCCUCGGAUUAUAUCCUCCCUUUAUUAUAUCUGUUUUUCUUCUGCUGCUACUAUGAGAUAACUGUACAAUGCUGAGGGAAGACCUCUUGUGAGCGUACAGAACAUGGGGAAGCUAUGGCUGCUGGCGAAGUUGCUGAUGUCAUAGGGAGACUCAGGUGUGGCAGUCUCCUGUG